AUGACAAAGGUCGCCGUCUGCCAGAUCCUGUCCACCAACGACCCAGCACACAACCUUGCCGUGUCGAGCAAGGUCAUCCGUGACGCCGUUGCUGCCGGUGCAAAAGCCGUCUUCCUUCCUGAAGCAUCCGACUUCAUAGCAACCUCGGCCCAAGAAUGUCGUGACCUCUCCUUCCCUCUCUCCCAGCACCCCUAUGCUCUCGGCCUGCAGAAACUCGCCAAAGAGCUGGGCGUGACUGUUUCAGCGGGUGUGCACGACCUUCCCGAGGCAGACGAACCCAAUCACGAGCCCGAGGGCAGUAUCCGCGUGUACAACACGCACGUCCUCAUCGGCGCCGACGGCUCUCUGCUUGCCCGGUACAGGAAGCUGCAUCUGUUCGACGUCGAGCUCGCCCAGACCAACGAGGAUGGUACUCCGGCCAAGCCUAAGCGGACGGGCGAGAGCGACCGGAUCAUUCCCGGCGGUGAGAUUGUCCCUCCCAUCCCCAUUGCCGGGGUGGGCAACAUCGGUCUCGAGAUCUGCUACGACCUGCGCUUCCCCGAACUCCACAUCAUCCUCACCCGAUUGGGUGCCGACAUCCUGACCUUCCCUAGCGCAUUCACACUGCGCACAGGAAAGGACCACUGGCCCACCCUGUGCCGCGCCGUCGCAAUCCAAUACCAAGUCUACGUCCUGGCUGCGGCCCAGUACGGCGACCACAACCCUUCGCGUUCGAGUUGGGGCGAAUCGCUUGCGUUCGACCCUUGGGGCCGCGAGCUUGGCCGUCUGAGGAGUAUCAAAGAGGAGAGCCCCGACGUCGACAGGAUGUACGCCGAGGGAGGCGAGUUUUUCAUCUGUGACGUUGACACGGGCGUCGUUGGGAUCGAUCAGUAUGGCAUCGUGGGCAAGGAGCUUCCCGAGCCUCCUCUCAAAGAGUAG